GGUAGCGCAGGAGUCUGAAUGGACGUGCUUCCUAUGUGGAGCAAUGUUUUUUACAAAUGUAAAGACAAUUUGGACCAGAACUGCUAAACGUCAUUCUUUCCAAAUCUUAUUAUCGAUAAGAUGUCCUCACGCGCAGUCCUUUGGAACCAGCGGUAUAAAAAAACACCAGGAAGGACUAAUAAAUCCAGUACGACUCUUAGCUCAUAGUCACAGACGUUUAGAUGUUAAUGGCAGGAGUCCUUUGUUUGCAUCAUACGUGUCUCUCUCACCCCGGCCCAGGACUAUUGCCUCGGCCGCCCCCCUGGCUGCUGCUUCUACAGGGCAAGCGAACAGCGAUUAUGGCAUCUUUGCAAAAAUGGCCGACUCUGCACCUGUUCAUUUGGCGGAGAACGUGCUAACAUCUAUUCAGGAAGUUACAGGGCUACCAUGGUGGGCGAAUAUAAUGUGCACAACAGUAGCGCUGAGAACAGUGGUCACCCUCCCUCUGUCAAUAUAUCAGAUGCACAUUCUUGGCAAGGUGGAAAAAUUACAGUCAGAAAUUCAAAAUUUAGCAAAGGAACUUCGGUAUGAGGUGGCUGUUUAUGGGAAGCAGCAUGGCUGGAGCGACAAAGUUGCAAAGUUUCAUUUCCGUAAAAACUUGAAAAGGUUAAUAACAGAGCUCUAUGUACGAGAUAAUUGUCAUCCCUUUAAAGCCAGCCUGAUCAUGUGGAUCCAAAUACCCUUGUGGAUCUUUGUUUCUCUGGCUCUAAGGAAUUUCAGCUUUAAUACAAGUGGAUCCAAUGCAGAUGAGCUAGUUCACAAGCAACUACAGAAUGGGGGAGCACUGUGGUUCCCGGACCUCACCAUGCCCGAUUCCACUUGGAUUCUUCCUGUACUUUUGGGCUCUAUCAACUUGCUGCUAGUAGAGAUGUUUGCCUUGCGGACGAUGGAGCUGUCUAGAUUUCAGAAAUACCUAACCAACAUUAUUCGAGGAAUUUCUAUUAUAAUGAUUCCUGUUGCUGCCAGUGUUCCCUCAAGCAUGGCACUCUAUUGGGUUUCGUCCAGUUUUGUGGGUCUAGUCCAUAAUCUGUUCCUCCGUUCUCCAGCGGUACGCCGCCUCUUCCGGAUUCCACGCACAAAGUCGGAUUCUGACAACCCUUAUAAAGACCUACUGGCUGCAUUUGUAGCAAAAUACAUCCAAAAGAAAUAAAAUUUUUGUAAUGUCAUUUAUUU